AUGAACUGUAUUGGAGUGGAACAGUUUUUUGAAAUCCUCCAUCUCCAAACUCAGACUCCACCAAAAGACUCCACCCCAACUAAAGGUAAGCUAUCUAUCUAUAGAAGUGUGGGUUGCCAGGUUUGAAUUACAUUAGUCCAUAUCUGUGUCCCAAAUGGCACACUAUUCCCUAUAUAGUGCACUACUUUUGACCAAGGCUCAAAAUAAGUUCACUAUAUAGGGAAUAUGGUGCCAUUUGGGCUCAAAAUAAGUGCACUAUAUAGGUAAUAGGGUGCCAUUUGGGAUGCAAUCCACAUGUUAUUGUGUGUGGAUGUUGACUGAAUGAAAUUAUCCUCUCUCCUAGUGAGGAUAUCUUACACUAGAGACUUCCUGAUUCAACUGGCCAGUUCCCCCAUUGCCAAAAGAAAACCGGACUUCUUACCAGAACACCCCGUUGUUUUGGAAAAGGCGGUAAGCUCGUCAUUUAUUGUCUCAUACACAAUUAUGGCUUGUUUAGUAGUUUGGUUCCUUUAUUGAAUCAGAGUAAAUUCAGAAGCCUCUCCUUUUGAUUUAACUUUCGUUUCACUUGCCAACCUGCUCUUUAUGUUGACCUUUAACCUGUUCUCAGUGCCAUAGCUUAACAUGGCUUAUUGCAAAUUCCAUUUCCACAGAGAGAACCUGGUGUGCCAAGGUUGGAGAAGAGGUUUGAUGAAAACUAUUAAAUGUAAGUGAAAAUACAAGUGUGUCAAUGAACUUGCCUGGUGCAAAGAUAUAUUUGUAAAGAAUAUCUACAUUUCUACAGUAUUAGGUGAAGAAGUUGAUAAAGAUGUGUGCUGUUGCAAAAUCCUUCCCCACCCAAACCCUGAUUAAUGGGGGCCUGCAUACACUGCUUGAUAAUACAUUUCAUCCCUGGCACUAAUGGGGCUGGUUUCCCGGACACAGAUUAAGCUUAGUCCUGAACCAAACUCAAUUUAAUGGAGAUUCUGUGAAACCGGCCCAAAAUGUUUUCCUGUACCACAGCUUCCAUAGAAGUCAUUAUUUAAAGCUUUUUGGUGCAAUGUCUAUUUUAAAACAAUUUGAAAUCAUGAAUGAUUUACUAAUCAUACAUGUUUGUGUGAAUAUUUUCUUGUUUAGGCUUGCCUAGGCUAACAUGGAGCGAGUGACUGCUGCUGCUUUUGACCCCACACCACUACAACUUGCUCUGCCAUCGAGUGAUAUACCCCCC